AUGUCCGGUAUGGACUUCUCAUUGGAGGAGCUCAACAGAACCGAAAUCUCCCCAGACAACGGAAACUUCCUGAGGUUCUCCCCCACCUCUGUUUCCACUGCAGCCGCGGCGGCGGGGACAGGGUUGUCGUCGGGGCGACAGGAGAAUGUUUACGUGUACGUGUGGAUCUUCCUGAGUCUGCUGGUGUUCCUGCUGUCGUUGAUCAUCAUCGCCCUCCACAGGCUAAAGAAUAUCAUUACAUCCUCCUCCUCUGUACCUGACUGCAGCAGUGAGGGGGGCAGCUCAUUCACCAACAUGGAGAUCUGUAGUAUAUCUUCACAGAGAUCCACCGUGUCCUCACUGUCCAUCUGA